AUGGCAAGAGUGAAAUGGCGCCUUCAUGUCAUCAACUUGGGGGACCAGCCAAGCGACUUCUGCAGCGGCCCAGAGAAUCACUGGGAGGUGGAGUGGAAUUCACGUGCGGUGGCUUCAGGUACGAUGUGGCGUACAGGUCACCUGGAUGUGCGAGUGUCAUUGCCAGAUGGCGGGACCUGCCAGGUGCAAGAAAUGUAUGGGGUGCAGAGCCCCGGCUGUCCACAGCUACUUUGCAUUGGACGCCGAGUUCAUCUUUGCCUGGAACAUCGAGAUCAACCGUUAAAGGCUUUUCGCCGCACAAAGGCGCCUGACAUGCGGUGGCCCGCUGAUGUCGCCAGUUGGCCAAAUGCGGCUGAAUAUUCAGAUGCAUGGCGCCACUUGAGCUUCAUGGAGGCUGCCAGCACCGCAGUCACGGAGAGCGAUGGUCGAAUUUUGGAUGGUGUGUCCAUCCGUUUUUUUGAGCGUGCCGCCGGCACUUUUGAUGUGCCGCUGGAUUUGAGCGAGGCGCACCAGCUGCGAAUUCGCGCCGAUGAUCUUUUAUGUUUGCGCUGGCCGCUGGAUGGGAGUGAUAGAAGCCGCGAGCAGUUGAUAGAGGAGGCUUUCCGUGCACUGGGUGGACAAGAACGUUUGGGAUGUGUCGAACUUCGGAAACUGGCCAAGUUCACAGGCUUUGAUGGCAGCGAUGAAGACUGGAGUUUGGAGUUUGCAUCGCUUUGCCGUGACUUUGGUGCUGACGAGGAAGGCCUUGGCUUAGACGCAUUUGCCCGCUUGGUGGACGAGCGCUCUGAGCAGGGCUGCUAUUGCUCUGACACUGAGUUGCAAGAGCUUUCCCAGCUCUACAGUGUGCACCCAGGCCUGCGAGAGACUUGGGUUGCUCAUGCAUUGGUGGAGUCGGCUGAGAAAUUUGGUGACAUCCUUCAGGUGAAGUUUCAGAUAUGUGAGGUGCCUGGCUUGGAGCUUCAUUUUCCACGAGCUCUUUGCUCCACCGAGCCGGUGCCAGGCUUUGUUGUGGAACUGCUUUGGUUGCCUGAGACAUAUCACUACCAGGCUGCAGCUCUGGCAGACUUGCCGCAGAGUGCUCCCUUGAUCCAAGACCUUGUCUUGCUGGGAGGCGUCAGAACCUCUGCCGAGCCAGUGGAAGCGAUUCGGGAGCCCUGCCAGUACCAGCUGAAUGACUCCCAGUCGGAGGCUGUGCGAUCGGCUUUGACAUGGCCAGUGACUUUGAUCCAUGGCCCACCUGGUACAGGCAAGACCAGGACUGCAGCAGUAGUAGCCCUGACAUUCGCCAGUCAAAAUGCACAGAGCUCGGCCAGGGGCUGUGUUCUCUACGCCGCCAACAGCAACCGUGCUGUGGAUGUGGCUGCAGAGGCCAUCACAGAGCUCAGCACUGAACGCUUGGAGGAUCUCUUCGAACAUCAAGAUCAGGAUGAGAAGUGCGCCAUAUGCUGGCAAGAAGGUUGCAAUGCGAUCACUUUCUGCGGGCAUGUUUUCCACCGACAUUGCCUGAUGCAAGCGCUGCGUGCUUCAGUUGGAGGUCGAAACUGUCCCAUUUGUCGAGCAGCGUUGAAGAGCAUCGAAGGGAUCCGUCUUCUGAGAGUCUACAGCAGCGAUACUGAGAACCUUGAGUUCCCCAUCCCACGGCCAUACCGCUACGAUGGGGUUCGGGAACGGCGCCGCUUUGCAGUACCUGAGGAAAUGCGCAGAUUUGCUUUGCACUGGCGCAUUCACAACAAGGUGUCCAGCCACUUCAAUCCUCGUGCUGCUGCAUGUGAGGCGGCCUAUGAGAAGCUUCUCUCCUGCAGUGCUCAGAAUCCUGAAUUUGAGGCUACCAGGACUUCCUAUUUGGAAACUCGCCGAGAAGCCCGCGCCUUUGAGCUGCAGAGUUGCAAUAUCAUUUUGGCGACCAACUGCUCCUGCCGUCGAAGUUGGAUUCCCCAGAUGCUGCAGAAGGAGAACAUUGAGUUGUGUCAAGUCAUUGUGGAUGAGUGCGGCACUUCUCCAGAGCCAGAGGCAGAAUGUGAAGACUCGGAUCCGCAGACCAAACACACACUUCGACUUGGGUUUUCAGUUAACUCAAUUGUCUGUGAGGCAAGUCAUGACCUCGGCAUCAUUAGCCUCAGGCUUGGCUUGCUCCUUAUUUGA